AUGGCCGCAAACUGUGACCUCCAGUUGCACGCCGUGUCCUUGGUGUGUUUCUUCACUCUGAGCUCGGCAUCGCUCACGCUCCGGCCUCUCUCCUCGGUCUACCUCCCCUACAGCCUGGGCGGGGAGGGCGGCGAAGGCCCGCGGUACGGUCUGGACACCGGCGCCGUGGAGAAGCUGGGCUACGACGAGGAACGUCGAGUAGUUUACGCGGCCGGAGGCGCUGGUAUCUUGAACGUUGUUGACAUCUCGGUUCCCUCCGAGCCGAAGGUGUUACACCAGCAGCAGCUGCCAGGGGGCGUCCUGGAUGUAGACGUCUGUGGUGAUUACGUCGCGAUUGCGCUGGAAGGAACGCCUCUUCCACCCGGCAGAACGGACGUCUAUCCGGUAUACCAGGGCAACGGCGAAACCAUGGUGCCUCUGCAUGGCUUUAAAGUUGGUAGUACCAGGCCGGACUCAUUGAAGUUUACCCACGAUUGUCGCACACUGGUAGUUUUGGACGAGGGCUGGCCUGGCGAGGACCACACAGGGGUUUUCCAGGACCCCAGAGGAGCUGCCAUCAUCCUAGAAUUCAAUUAUACAAACCUGGGCAGCGUACAUAUUGUUCUUCGGAGGGCAGACUUUCGACGGUUUGAUGAAAUGGCGUCCCUGUACCAGUCCCGGGGUGUACGCUGGUUGCUAGGCGGGUCCACAGCUACCGUUGCCCCUGACGACCACCACGUCACAACCUUCAACUUCUCCCAGACCCUGGAGCCGGAGUACGUCACUUUCAACCAGGACGACUCCAAAGCCUACAUCUCUCUACAGGACAACAACGCCAUAGCAGUCUUGGACAUGCGCACAGCGACGAUUGAGGACCUCUACCCCCUGGGCAGCAAAGACUGGAAUCUCUCUAGUAUAGACACAAGCGACCAGGAUGGAGGGAUAAAUCUAAGAAACUGGCCAAUCUACGGACUACGCAUGCCGGACGCCAUCAAACAUUUCACGCACAACGGGCGCGGUUACAUCGCUACAGCGAACGAGGGCGUCACCACGAGCAUCACGGUCAACGGCACGGUGUACAGCGACACCUUGCGGGGACAGGACAUUGCAAGAGUAAUCAAUUUACUCUUGUUUUCCUUCAUUUCAGACGGCUUACUGUCAGAUGACGUCAGCUCUAGUCUGAGAGACGCGCUUAUGGACCCGGCUCAACUUGGCUGUGUAACCUUCAGCAUCACGGACGGCCUGGAUCCGGGGGACCCUCGUAAGGUCCGGGAGCUUCACGCGUUCGGCGGGCGGGGCGUGUCCGUUUUCGACGCGGAAGACCUGAGACUUGUGUGGGACAGCGGAGACGAUUUCGAGAGGAUCGGAGCCCGGGUCCACCCUGAUGUCUUCAACUCACUGUUCAAGAGCGAAAGCAUGAUAGACGAAACACCGGAGGACAGUUUCGAUGACGCGUCGUGUUCUAAGGGACCCGAGCCACAGGCCUUAACAGUUGGCCGUAUGGGAGACCAGACGGUGAUCUUCGUUGGGAACGAGAAAACGUCGGACAUCUUUCUGUACAGCUUACGGGACGCGGAGGCGGUUGUGCCGAGGUUUGAGAGCGUCUACCGCGGGGGUAGAACGGACCUGGUCUGGGCGGAGGCGUACCGGCUCAGGGAAGUGGGAGACAUCACCCCAGAAGAUCUCAUAUUUGUCCCUUCAGACCGCAGCCCUAACGACAGACCGCUGCUGCUGGUUGGCGGGACGGUCAGCGGAACUGUUUCCGUGUACGAAGUGGUAGACAGCGGUCAAACUUCGACGGCGUGCCGUGCCACUGCGACGCCGGUUGCGUUCCUGUGGAGCUUUGUACUAAUGUUCUACACCUUCAGUCGCCGGUUUGGUCCACGGCAAAUACUCUGA